UCUUCCUGGGAUUUGUCUGGACUGGGGGCGGCACUUCCCAGAGUCAGAGCGGGAGUAACGGGACUUUAGGAUUUAGGGGACCCGGAGCCGAGUCGACCGUGGGGAGGGACACCUUGGCUCUCAGCACUGAGUCCUGGGCACCCCGAGCCGUAGGGGAGAUCGGAACUCGAAAGGAAAAUCGUCGGACCCGGGAGCCCAGUGGAGCUGGAGAAGGACAUAGGGACCAUGCCAUACCUGCUCAUUAGUACCCAAAUCCGUAUGGAGGUGGGUCCCACAAUGGUGGGAGACGAGUUCUCUGACCAGGAGCUGAUGCUGUACUUGGGGGCAACUAAGAGGAAUAUGCUGGGAAACCACUUUUGGGAAUACUGUGUCAACGACCCUCCCCGAAUCGUUCUGGACAAACUGGAGGCCCGGGGCUAUCGUGUGGUGAGCAUGACAGGCGUGGGCCAGACGCUUGUGUGGUGCCUGCACAAGGAUUAGCAUCUCCCAUCUAACCUCCUGCCUCCUCUCAGGGCUGCAUCCAUGUUGGAGAGGUCCCCGUGUACCAGCCGCCCCCUCUUCCCAACCCCUUGUCCAGGUCAGCCGAGAUCCCUGUGUGUGUGGAGCACCCCUCUUCCUAACCUGGCCUGUCUCCCUAGCCAGCACUUAUGACCUCAGCAACUCGCUGCAGUCAGUGCCUGUGGUCCCCAUCUGCUGAGGCAGGGAGUGCACUGAAAUCCCCUCCCACCAUCCUCACGGCUGCCUCGCCUGCAUCGUCCCUGACUCAGUGGCACUGAGCAGACCCUGACACAGCCAGCAGGAAAGUUUUCCUGGAAGGAGAAGGAAUCUAGCCCAGCUGGGGAGCCCAAUCUAACCCUAGAUUUCCCCAGCUGAGCACAGGCUGAAGAUGUCCCCAGGUCAAACUGUAAGCUAGUCCAGGACAAUAAAGAACUGUGAUGAGUUGUUGCUUUU